AUGCGCAAUCCAUUGGCAGCAAGGGCUUCGUCCUUCGAGGGUCAAGACAUUCCUCGCGAGAUCUAUGGCUUCCGGCCUUAUCUCCUUGCCAUCUCGGCAUCAUGGGCUUCUGCUAUGUACGGGUACGACAGCGCUUUCAUCGGAGGUACUCUCAGUCUACCCUCCUUUCAGCGAACCUACGGCCUAGACACAGCCAGCGCCUCUGCGAAAGCAAAUCUGUCGUCCAAUAUCGUAUCAACCUUCCAAGGCGGUGCUUUCUUUGGAUGUGCAUCAAGUUUCCUUGUUGCUGAACGCUUUGGGCGUCGUCCGACCCUUAUUCUCGCCGCUAUAAUCUUCUCCAUCGGCGCGGCCCUUCAGAUGAUUGGCCGACUCGACUGUCUGUAUGUAGGUCGCGCACUAACAGGCUGGGGCGUUGGGUCCAGUGCAAUGAUCCUCCCUAUCUAUGUCUCUGAAUGCUCACCUGCCCUGAUCCGUGGACGACUUGUCGGGACAUUCGAAGUCAUGCUUCAGGCUGCAUUGGUCUGUGGAUUCUGGGUUAACUACGGUGUUAAUAAGAACAUUAGCCCAGAAGGGAAUAUGCAAUGGCACGUUCCUGUCGCUGUUCAGUUUAUCCCAGCUGGCCUGUUGGUUAUUUUCAUGAUACCCAUGAUUGAGUCACCUCGAUGGUUGGUCUCCAAAGGUAAACUUCAAGACGCCAGGAAGAAUCUCAGCUGGGUUCGCAACCUACCUCAAGAUCAUGCCUACAUUGACCGAGAGAUGUCUAUGAUUGAGGUGGCCAUUGAACAUGAGAUGUCAUCGACAGGACAGAGAGGCAAUUGGCGCCAGAUAUUCUCAGAGCUAUUCCAGCCUGGAGUUCGUGCUAACAAGAGCAGUAUCAAUGCCAUAAACUACUACUCCCCGACCAUUUUCAAGUCCAUCGGAUUCACUGGCACCUCUGUUGGCCUGCUCGCCACCGGCAUUUUUGGCAUCGUCAAGAUGGCUGCUACCAUGCUCUAUGCUGCGUUCCUGGUCGACAAGCUAGGACGAAGACCGCUACUACUGAUAGGUGGCGUCGGCUCUGGUAUCGCAAUGUUCUACCUGGCCGGCUACUCCAAGGUGUCAGGCUCGUUUGAGCAUAUUCCACCGAUGGAUGCGGGAGCGAAAACUGCUGUGGCGAUGGUAUACAUAUAUGCUUUGUUUUAUGGUAUGAGUUGGAAUGGAAUCCCAUGGCUCUUCACGUCUGAGAUCAUCCCAAACAGAGUCCGUACUCUUGGAAUGGCGUUCUGUAUCUGUGUUCAGUGGGUGACUCAGUUCAUCGUGGUCUACAGCUUGCCGCACAUGGUCAUUGGUAUCACCUAUGGAACCUUCCUCUUCUUCGGUGCAUGCACUGUUCUCGCAAUUAUUUUUGCAUGGCUGUUUAUCCCAGAGACAAAAGGCGUACAGCUGGAGGAUAUGGACCUGCUCUUCGGUCCUGACGUGCCCAUCCUUGCGUCCCAGGCGAGGGAUAACUAUUUACAGGGUAUCGCUGCUAGGACCUUAGACGAGCGAGAUGGGGAGAAAAUGAAGCCAACUGAGAUUGAACAUGUUUGA